AUGGUAUCUACUUCUGGUGCUGUUGGCUGCGCAGUGGGCAUUCCGGCCGGGCUGGUUGUUAUAUUUGUCUGCGCCCUAAUUAUCAGACAGCACAUGAGAGAGAAGAAGGAGGACAAGAUCGCAGCAGAGGUGCCCGAGGAGGAAUUUGUGCCGAGACAGGAGAAGGACGACGGCGACUAUUUGGACUCCGUGCCGGUGCUGGAAGGGUCUACAUACGUGAAACAGCUUCAUGGAGAGUCGCGGUUUAGAGAGGAAACAGUGAGGGACGCAAAUCUAUCUGGUUCAUUGGUGUGA